AUGAACGUGACUCUCAACCAGAUUUGGUCCGAGGCGAUGUCCGAGCUGAGACUGCGACUCACCGAUGCAUCGGGUGGCACUCUUCUACCUCAAUCUCCAACCGGAAAAGGAUGGCUGGCAUGUCUUGUUUUGUCACUUAUGGACGGACUUCUCGACAGGGUUCUUCGUUAUCAACAAGAAGAUCCUGCGCGACGGGCGCGGGACGAGAGGCGAAGAAGGCGGUUGGGAGUUUGGGAAGAGAGGCAUCACAGCGGGCUCGAAAAGCUUCACGAGGUCCUGUGCGACUUGGACAUUCCUGACAUAGACCUCAAUACGGUUGAUAUGCAUGAGUGGUUGGAUUACGCGUUUCAGCGAUCGUCGUGA